GGCAGAUGGGACUAAUGGCUGUGAAGGCAGAGUGGAGUUAAAAGUCAAAGGACAAUGGGGUACUGUGUGUGAUGAUAGUUGGGGCAAUAUGGAAGCUUCCAUAGUGUGUAGACAGUUAGGGUGUGGAUCAGUUCUUCAUUCCCUUGGGGAUGCUAAGAAUGGAUCUGGCCCCAUUUGGCUUGAUGAAGUUUCCUGUCUUGGUAAUGAAUCAGCUCUCUGGAACUGCCAGCACAGUGGAUGGGGACAGCAUAAUUGUAAUCACGAAGAGGAUGUAUCCAUCCUCUGCUCAAAGGGAGCAGAUCUGGCCCUGAGACUGGGGAGUGGAACAAGCACCUGUUCAGGGCGAGUGGAGAUGAGAGUAAAUAACCAGUGGGGGACAGUCUGUGAUGACAACUGGAACAAGAAUGCUGGGGCUGUGGUGUGCAGACAAGCAGGGUGUCCCUCUGCUAUGAAUGCCUUGCUUAGGGUUAAUGCUAGUGAUGACAUUGAACACAUCUGGUUUGAUGACAUUUCCUGCAAUGGGAACGAGUCAGCUCUCUGGGACUGCAAACAUAGAGGAUGGAAAAACCAUGACUGCGGACACAAUGAGGAUGUUGGAGUGAUGUGUUCAGACCCAUCUGCCCUGAAGCUGAGGCUUCUUGGGGGAAGCAGCCAAUGUGCAGGGGUAGUAGAGGUGAGAGUCGGUGAGGAGGUGGGAGUUGUGUGCAGAAGAAGUUGGUCACUGGAUGAAGCCACGGUGGUUUGCAGGCAGCUGGGCUGUGGAGUUGCAGUCAGCAUCCCCUUGGACUACAAUUUUGAAGACGUCCCUGAGCACAUCUGGAUCAGUGGAAUCAAAUGCUAUGGAAAAGAGGAAUCUUUUUGGGAUUGUGGGAAUUGGGAAUGGGGAAAGAUUUCCUGUCAUGCGGAUGAAAAGGCUGCUGUCAUUUGCUCAGGUGAGUAUUGAUCUCAGAGACCAUUCCCACAGGAGGAAUCUGGCUCCUAACAAUGCAGUCAGUAGGGGUUUGAGGCUUCCAUUGGCCACUGGGGCAAGGUUCUUCCCAGGAUCUCAGCUUAUCCCAAUCAUCCUGAUUCUGAGCAAUUCUGAAUAAUCUCUGGACCAUCUUUCCCCUGGUCCUGUACCUUGUCUUUCAGCCCCCGCCCCAUAGUCAUCACCUUCUUGAUGGCUCUAGCAACAGAACAAGCCUGAGUCAUUAAUCUUACAUACGCAGAGAUAUUAGCCAGACUGUGAGUCUUUAAGGGCUUGGAGGAAGUCAUUUAGUAAAAGAGAAGUGUGUGUGUGUGUGUGUGUGUGUGUGUGUGUGUGUGUGUGUGUGUAGCAAACAUCCUGGUCUCAACACAGUCCUAGGCACCUGGGACCCAAUCAGGCUCAAAUUACAAACCCCAGUCUUUUCUUCCCAUGGUAAGACCAUUUUGCCAAGCAGACCUUCUCUUUCCCUCUAUCCUGCCCUCCACAUGUGGAGGAAGGAGUUGUGUUUGCACUACUCUUUGGAAUGGCUUCACAAUUAGCAAGAUUCAGUACCAAUAUGUCAGGACACAACUAACCCUGCCCAUUCCUCAGCCUUUGCCUCACUUGGCCUC